GUGCCAUAUACAAAUCUUGCAUCUGAUCGGCUGCUGAAGUAAAAAUAAAACAAGCCCUGAAAGAGUGAGGAAAACACAAUUUUACCAGCAACACACGAUCGACUUGAGGCUAUCAAACUAUUCCUGAGACAGAAUGGAGUUCCCUCCCCCAGGAGAGCUCGAGUAUGGAGCAACUCAUGACUAUGCCAAUGAAUACAUUCCUCUCGGUGCUGUUGGCCCUGGUGGGCCUCGGAUGAUGGUGGAAGGGGGCUACAGACCAGAGGAUCAUGGCGCCCCACCUGUCGUUGAAGAUUAUGCCAACGGGAGCCACAGCCAGCUCCACAUGGGAAACAGUGGGUUGUACCGUGAGCUGAGGAGCGUGAUGAAUGAUGGGGGCGACAGGUUUGGGGUCUCGACGAUCACUGUGGAUACGCAAGAAGAACUCAUCUGGGUCGGAAAUCAAGGGGGUCACGUGACAUCGUACUAUGGACCCCAGCUGCAAAAGUACACAUCCUUCCAGGUUCACCCCACCAACCCGAUCCGUGAGAUAUCCACCUUCCCUGGGGGCGUCCUCUCACUGUACAACAAUGGCCUCCGCUGCAAUGCCAGGCAAGGCAUGAGAGUCUUUGAUUGCAAGGGUGAGGACUUUCAGAACAUGCAGAGCAUGCUAGUCCUGAGUGACACCCGUCUGCUCCUGGGAGGUCAUCAGGACCGGCUGGUAGAGGUCGAUCUGGGGUCAGGGGUUCAGACGGUGACCCACCCGACGGACAAGGUGGGCGUGGCCAUCAUGAGACCCGAUCAGAGGUUCAUCUGCUGUGGGGUACCGACAGGACACGUUCAACUGAGAGAUCCAGCAACCAUGAAGAUAGAGCACACACUAGAAGCCCACAGAGGUGCCCUGUCGGACUUUGAUGUCAUCGGCAACCAGCUCAUCACCUGCGGCUUUGGAGAAAGGUUAGGAAGCCUGAGUGUGGAUAGGUUCCUCAUGGUGUUUGACCUUCGAACUAUGCGACCCAUGGCUCCUCUCCACGUGCCGCUGGAACCCAUCUUCCUGCGUUGCAUGGCUACCUACUCAAACCGGAUCAUCAUCAUGGAUCAGAGCGGUCAAUUCCAGAUCCUUGACCCCGGCGGGCUAGUGACCCCUGAAAUGAUGGUCCUCUAUCAGGUCAGCAUGGCCGGAGAUAUGGUGAUGGACUUUGACGUGUCCAGUAACAGUAGCUGUGUGGUGUUUGGUGACUCUGGAGGUUGCUGCCAUUUGUGGUCGAGCAGUGACGAGGAGGUGACGUUUAAUACCUUUUCCACCGAAACAGAGUUUGCUGAGCCUGUGGUACCCCUGCAUGCUUUCCCAUUCAGUGAUGAGCUGUCAUCGUUCUCCACCAUACCCAUGCCCUACUGUGAGGAGGAGCCCCUACUGUCAGACUGGCCGGCAGAACUAUGUAGAGUCAGCAUGAGGCAACCUCCUCCCGUCGAUCCGGAGAUCCUACGGAGCAUGAAACUUGUCCAGUUCAUCGGCUACGCCCCCAACACAGGGGGAAGACGUAGGAACCAGGUAGCUUACAGGGACGUCGCAGGAGGGUCCAAGAAAGGGUCCAGCAAAGAUAAGGUGCCAGAGAGCCCCUCGGGCAGAACCGAGGACCCAAUGAUGGUCAUGGUGCCCAAGCCUUACAGGAAGGUGGAGAUCAAGUAUUCCAAACUCGGCAUUGAUGACUUUGACUUCAGGCAUUACAACCGGACCAACUUUGCCGGACUCGAACCUCACAUUCCAAACGCCUACUGCAACUCUAUGUUACAAGUGCUGUACUUUGUGGAGCCUCUGCGCUGUGCCCUGGAAACCCACACAUGCAGCAAGGAGUUCUGCCUAGCCUGUGAAAUGAGCUUCCUCUUCUACAUGUUUGACUUGUCAAAGGGACAAACCUGCCAGGCUAGUAACUUCCUUCGAGCAUUCCGUACCAUUCCAGAGGUGUCCGCUCUGGAACUCUUACUGGGGGAUGCUGAGGAGUCCACAGGCAAGGCCAACUUCCCUCGUCUUAUCCAGAGCUGGAACAGAUUCGUAUUGGCCCAGGUCCUACAGGAGACUUCCGAUCCAGCCACAGGAGAGGACGAAGAAGAAGGAGCGAGCGAGGAGGAGAAGAAGAAGGAGAAGCCUUUGGCCCACCUUGGAGAGACGGUCUCACGCCUGUUUGAGGCCAAGGUGGACAACGCCAAUGUGUGCAAGGUGUGCAGCAAGGAGACGGUCCGAGAGGCCUCCACCAUGGUCGUCACGCUCGCCUACCCAGAAGCCAUUGCGGCAGCUGCUCAAGGCAAGGAGGUGAAACAACAGAGCUUUGUUGAGGUGCUACAGGGCAGUAUGAACAUAGAGCAGUCCACACAGGCCUGGUGUGACGACUGCCAACGAUAUCAGCCAUCUAUGCAAGUCCGUAGCUACAAGAGACUGCCAGACGUCAUCACAAUCAACUGUAAUUUAGAAACACAGUCGGAUGAAAACUUCUGGAGGAGACAAGAGCAGUUGGCCGGAGUAAAUUACGACCACCAGAAAGAAUCGGCGCAGAGCCAAGUCAAGGCGUGUCGCUACGCAUUGAACUGUACGAGGGCUGAUUGUCGCUUCAGGCACGACCCACCGAGUACAGAGCCAGAGGUUGAGAUGAAAUCUUGGCUACCUCUUUACAUCAAGGUCAGAGUUUCACAAGAUCGGAAGGUUGACAUUCACGAACUCAAAAUAGAGGGAGAUAGGGUUGAUGAUAUUGACGCUGAAGGCUACGUGACCUACUACCUCCAUGCUAGCGUAUGUCACGUCCGUGACCCCAGGUCAGGGGGCAACCUGGUCGCCCACGUCAACGUCGGAAAGACCUACCACAAAAGGAAAGAGGGUGUAACCCAUAUGCAGUGGUAUAUCUUCAAUGAUUUCUCCAUCCAACCUAUUGAUAGGUUCGAUGCUACUCAAUUCAAUCUGGACUGGAAGGUCCCCUGUGUUCUUUACUACAUGAGGAAUGACGCUACAAACCAUUAUGACAUCACAAUAAACAACCCCAUCGUAUCAAGCUGUCUUCAGCCUAGUGGUAUCUCCAAGGCGUCAGGGUUCAAGCCUCACAUGACGUUCACACCCCUAGGGUCAGAGGAGACCAUCGGGGAAGGGUUCCUGGUCGGCCUGGAUGCUGAGUUUGUCUCCCUCAAUCAGGAAGAGGCUGAGAUUCGGAGCGAUGGAACACGAUCUACGAUCAAGCCCAGUCAGAUGGCCGUGGCUAGGAUUACCUGCGUGAGAGGGCAAGGUGAGCUAGAGGGGGAGCCCUUCAUCGAUGACUAUAUCUCCACACAGGAACAGGUGGUGGACUAUCUGACGCGGUUCUCAGGCAUCAAGCCUGGUGAUCUCGACGCUACGAUCUCCUCAAAGCACCUCACUACCCUGAAGGCCACGUACCUCAAGCUUCGCUACCUCUUGGACAUGGGAGCCAUCUUCGUCGGUCACGGAUUGCGCAAAGAUUUCAGGGUCAUCAACCUUCUGGUGGACCAUCGCCAGGUUGUCGAUACAGCAGCGCUCUACAAUCUACCCAAGCAGAGAAUCGUCUCCCUCAAAUUCCUUGCAUGGUAUUUCCUUGGAACGAACAUCCAGUCAGAAACCCACGACAGCAUUGAAGAUGCGUACACUGCCAUGCGGCUCUACAAGAAGUAUCUGGUCCUGAAGGCAGCCACAGAGGAUGAGAAAGAAUGGGAGACGGAGCUCAAGAAGAUGUACGAAGAAGGGAGGAAACACAAGUGGAAAGUACCCGGAACGGAAUGAAAGGAUGCGUAACGAGGAGAAGGAAGAUGGGACCGUGAUGGAGUUAGCGGAAAACCAGAUUGAUGGAGCCUGGAAAAGAACGAACGAAUGUGUAGAUAUGGCGGAAGGAAUGAGAAGGGAGGAGGAGGAAUGGGAAGAAAGAUGGGAGGAUAAAGUUACAAAGGGAGGAAAAACUUUUUCUUGAAACAGAAAUGAACAAAUGUCUCAAGAUGCUCAAAAGGAAAAUGGAGGAGAAGGAAGAAGCAGAAGAAGAGGAGUGGAAAGUACUUGGAACACAAUGGCACUAUGUCUCAUGAUCGAUAGAAGGAAAAGGGAGAGGGGGUUCACAGAAAAAAAAAAAACAUGUAGACAUUUUCUUGAAACAAAUGUCUCAAGAUGCUCAAAAGGAAAAUGGAGGAGAAGGAAGAAGGAGAAGAAGAGGAGUGGAAAGUACUUGGAACACAAUGGCACUAUGUCUCAUGAUCGAUAGAAGGAAAAGGGAGAGGGGGUUCACACUAAUGGAAAGUUUGUAGAAGAGAAUGAUAACAUUUUGAAUGAUGGAUAGAGGGAGAAGGAACGAAGGUAGAAGGAAUACAGUGAUGUAGAUGGAGAAAAUACAAGUGGAAAGUACUUGGAACACAAUGGCACUAUGUCUAAUGAUUGAUAGAAGGAAAAGGGAGAGGGGGAUCACACUAAUGGAAAGUUUGUAGAAUAGAAUGAUAACAUUUUGAAUGAUGGAUAGAAGGAGAAGGAAGUUAGUCUGAUUUUGUCGUAGGUGGAGAAAACACAAGUGGAAGUUAGUCUGAUUUUGUCGUAGGUGGAGAAAACACAAGUGGAAGUUAAUAGAAUGAUACGAUGUCUGAAGAUGGACAAAAGGAGCAGGAAGAUGGAGAAAAAGAAACAGAGAGAGGGAGAGUGGAAAAUGGAAUGAAGUGAUUUUUUGGAGAGAAAGAUUUGAAAAGGGGAGAAGAGAGAUUCAAUGAGAGUAAGAAAGAAGAGAAGAUCUACCUGAGGGAGAGAGGGAGGGAGAGAGAGAUAGAUUGAGAAAGAGAGAGUGAGAGAAAGAAGAGAGAUAGAAGAGAGAGAAAGAGAAGGUCUAGAUGAGAAACAGUGUCAAUUGUCUUCACAUUACCUGAGAGAGAGAGAGAGAGAGAGAGAGAGAAAGAAACUAAGAAAGAGAAACUGAGAAAGAGAGAAAGAAGAGAGAGAGAGAGAAAGAAGAGAAGGUCUACAUGAGAAACAGUGUCAAUUGUCUUCACAUUACCUGAGAGAGAGAGAGAGAGAGAGAGAAAGAAA